CGCGAAACUCCGCGCAACGGCAACGUGUUAAAGAAGCAAAUCCCCUACGGGCACCAGCGGGCUACCUUCCUACUUGAUGGCACCUGGCGCCGCCGCCUUGUCUUGAUCCAUUCACGAAAACAACUCUCCGUUCACGACGCAAGCCAUUGACGACAUAUUCGCUUGCGCGCAUACGCAUCCCCCAUCAGUUGUUUGCGCGCACACGCAUCAGCCCCCGCCCAUUCCACCCCACCCAGACUGCCGCAGACGUAAUCAUUCCUGAUGUCGCGGCCUACCGUCUCCAAAGCGAAAACGUCGUACCCGCUGUACUCGGCCACCUGGGCAACCAGCAAGCCAUCAUGCCUCAUCGUGGGCGGUGGCGGCGGUGCGGGCCGCCAUGGUGUUAAGAACAAGAUCUCCGUCUUCGACUUCACCGACCGCUCGCCGACUGUAGAGCCAUGUGCCGAGAUAGACGCGAGCGAGCAUGACUCGGUAACGUGUCUCGCAAAUCUGGGCACCAAGGACGGUUGCGUGUUGUUUGCGGGCAUCAACGACAGCGAGGAGGAUAGGCUCGCGGGCAAGAACGAGUGCUUGAAAGGGUUUGAGGUGCGGUUUCCCAAGAAGGCGGAAGGGCAGGGCGAGAUAUCGCUUCUGAGUAAGACCGCGCUGUUCACGCCGCCGAAGAGCACGGGUGCGAAGAAGGAGGGAUAUCAGCGCGUGGUACGCUUGUCGCCGGCACAGCGGGCGGCAUCGGGCACGCCCAACAAGCGUAUCGGCGCAGUAGCUUCGAGCCUUGCGGGAGACGAGAACGAGAUUGUGGUCUUCAGCGCGACCUCAAACAAGCCCGAAAAGCCCAAAGAUGUGAUCCAGAGGAUAGCGCUGCACAAGGGCCAGGAGGCAAACGAUUUGGAUAUCCUCGACCAAGGAGAUGGAAAGUUCCAGAUCGCAUACUGCUUGGACAACGAUGUCUACAUACAGAAAGUACGCUGGGAUUUUACGAAGAGGCAGAAUGUGGGCAAGGCAGAAGACCGCACGCACGCAUAUACCAUCCCAUUGCCGGACGUCGGCGAGAAGAAGGGCCGCUCCAAGAUCAGGUGUAUUCGCUGGUUGUCGCCAUCACAUAUCCUACUGCUUGCGAAUAAGCCUAACCGAACGGGUGCCGAGGUGCUGGUGUUGAGGUUGUAUGAGCAGGGCAAACCCGGUUCAAUUAUCCUGAGAAAGAGGUUCCCUAAGCAUGUGCAGGCGGCUGUUGAUAUGGACGUCGCACUGCUGAACGCCGAUGAGGACGGAGCGUACCAAGCUGUGGUUGCGGUGGCUGCUAUUGACAUCUCGCUCAGCGUGUUGACGAUCAACUAUCGGGGCCGGAAUCUGAACACAACAAGUAGCUUCAGUCCGUUUGCGACGUAUUACAAUGUGCAUGAGUUGCAGAUGACCAAGGUCGUCUUUUCACCGUUCUUCAAGCCAGAAUCCAGCCAGAGCAAGAAGUCGGCCCCUCAGUACCUCCGCCUGGGCACCACGUCUCUAGGCAACUCCAUCAGCGUGGAAACUUUCGAAGUACACCCCAGCUCCAGCAAACCAGACUCAGCCUACGUCCUUCAGAGCGCGCGAUCCAAAGCAAUUGCUGAGGGCGCGAAAUACCUCGUUAUCGCCAUGGUCGUCGCCGCAAUCGCGCUCAUGCUCCAAGGCCUCCUUGGCAACGGAGACAGCAUGACGCGCAAUUUGGUCUACAGCAUGCGCGACAUCAGCGAGAAUGCCCCGGCGCCCGCCGCAAUCGUGUCAGACGUCAAGAGCGCCGCCGACCUCAACAACGCAGACUCCCCCGUCGCAAAAGCGCAGCACCGUCUCCGCGACCUCCUCCACUUACACAUUCACUCCGUCACCGCCGCUCAGCCUUCAUCUUCCAAGGCUCUUGUCAUCCAUCACGACCCGGAGACUGACGGCGCGCUAAGCACCGAAGUCCAUGAGGGCGAGCACGAUGUCGUUAAGAAGCACACGGAGGCCAAGCGGUGGGACGAACUGGAUGCGCAUGCCCAGCGACGGUGGAAGCAGAAGCUGGCGGACGCGGGGAUGUGGACGUUUGAGGAAGGAGAAACGAUUCUGAAGGGGAUCUUCUUCAGCGAGGCGGGAGCGUUGGUCGGGAGGGUGGCCGCGGAGGUUAUUGGGUAGGUGGACCGACGGUGACGGUGAGAUGUAUUUGGCACGCGGUUACCUCAAAUAGAUUUGCGGUGAUGAGAUGAGACUCCGCGGGGACUAUUGGUGUCAAGGGGGUACGCGUGCGUACGAAGUAAUAACUUUGAGCUAUACUGUAGAUACGUGUGCGAGUAUAUCAUGGGCACGCCCUGUGUUGUGCAAC